AAGAAAAACAAAUCAUUUCGUAAAGUUUUUCUAAAUUUCCACCAAAAAAUAUGGUCGUUUUUGGUUUAGAAAUUCUAACCUUGAUUUGUCAUUUGAUUCCCAUUCUGUUGGUACCAUUGAUUUUAAUUUUCUGCUCGUCGAAAAAGAAAGAGCCACACCGUCCAUCCGUAUCUCCGACAAACACAAAUGUUGGAACAACUCAGUCUAGUUCACCGGCUUUAACACCAAUACAGAGAACUCCUACUAAACCGGAUUCUGAUGAUGAUGACGUUAAAUUCAACAUAACCGUCAAGGCACCAGUGGAGAAAAAGGAUGAGUUUGAAGGUGAUGAUGAAGAGAAUCCGUUGGCUAAACUUGCACUCAAAACAAAACCUAAAAAACCUGUUGAUGCGGCAAUACCUGCGCCUCUGAAGACACCAGCGAAGGCACCUCGAACAAGAACAAAAGAGAGUGCGAUUGCUCCGGAACGUGUAUUCCUGGCGCCAAAUGAAAAGCAGAUUGGGGUUUCUCGCUACCAAUUCGAGGCUUCACAGCCACCUACCACAAACAACAAUGCUCUGACUAAGAAACAAUCUGUUGACAUGAAAAUGCCAAAAUCUACAGAUCUGCCUGCAGUUCCAACUCGUGCAAUGACUCCCGGACCAAAACCAUCUUGUGAUCCUCCGAACAAUAAUAAAAGUGCAAUGAAGAUGAAGGUGAUGCAAGAACCUACUUGCAAAGAAUUGGCUGUGGAUAAAACUCAAUGAUCCUUUGAUGUUUUCAUUGUAUAAAAUUUAUUGUCUUG